CACAUUUAUCACUUUAUAAUAUGCAAUCGUGUUUUGUGAUUGCUUGAUUUAUAGCUUGUGUCUGUAGUUGGAGCUAAUUCAUAUGCUUAAUCUUUUGGCAUAAGUAAUGGCUAUCAAUAAUAUUAAAAGGUACCUUUGUCUUUAUUAAAAAAAAAAAAAAACAUAUUGGUUUGUUAUUCUUCAUUGAGUUCCUUGAAAGUAAAAUUGAAUCUAUCCGACAAAAAAUGCAUAAGAAAAUAUUUGCAAUAAAAUUGACUGACUCUUUGGAAAUAUGUUCUGGAUACUUAUAAGAAACUGAAGUAUGUAUUUAUAUAUUGAAUGUAUGAAACCCAUAUUGGUAGGAAUUAAUCAAUUGACUUAUAUAUAUUAAAUGUAUUAAAUUUGCAUAUAUAUCGAAAUGAACGAGUGGCACACAGUAGCAGACGUGCUUCUUGUAAUAACACAAUAUAACACAAUCGCAUCCAUUUGCUGGAAGUUAAAAAGAGCUCUUCGUCCCUGCAUACAGAUACAACAGGGGAGGAGGGCUUUGAUCUUUAUUCAAUUGGCCUUACCAUUGUCGUAUUAUUAAAUUUACAUCAAACGUGAAAACAGCUACAACUCGCACUAAAGUACUAUUGCUAUUAUUUAAUUUUAAAUAAUAAACAAAUGAUAGGCAGAUUAAAUUAAUUAAUGAUACCUAAUGUUCCAUUCAAUUAUAUAAUAUUAUUGUAUAAAUGAUGAAAGGGUUAAAAACUUCUGCCGUGUACUCAUCCCACCUAUUAUUAUAUUUCGAGUAUUUAAUUUGUAGUGGAGCUCACAUGCAUGUUAUUUCUAUGCAUUUAGUUUCUUCGAGAUCCAUGCUAUUCAUUUUUAAUUAAACCAAGUGAUCUUAUCCAUAAAGGAAUAAAUUUAUUCAUCAUCGUUUUAUUUUUCUCAUCAUCUCUGUUUUCAUAAACGUUUUUCUCUCUCUCUUUCAUUACCCUAUUUCGUUCUAUAAAUUCAUUAAUAUUCAUAAAUAACACAACUCGACCAUAAAAGUGACCUUAGCGAGCCUCUGGGUUUCCCUGUAUCACGGCUUGGGGAGAAAAAGUAAGUCAACACAGCCAAGACGCUGGACCUAUUAUUCUCUCACAGACCAAAGAAUAUUCAUCAAACACCUAGUACAGUCUGUUUCCGUUCAGGCAUUACAUGGAUCCUGCCGGCGUUGAACCAACCGCAGUUUUCCACGUCGUGGCCAUUCCUUUUCCAUGUCAAGGCCACGUCAACGCCAUGAUGAGCCUUUGCAAGUUGUUGUCUUCAAGAUCAGCAAACCCCCUUCUCAUCACCUUCGUCGUCACCGAAGAGUGGCUCGAAUGCAUCGGAUCCAACCCCAAGCUGGAAAACAUCCGCUUCGCCUCCAUUCCUAACUUCGUAGAGCGCUCAAAAGCCGUUGACUUUGGUGGCUUCAACGAAGCAGUCAAGACCAAAAUGGAAGCUCCGUUCGAGCAGCUCCUGGAUCGGCUUGAGCCACCUGUGGCUAGAAUCUUAGCUGACUUUGAGUUGCAGUGGGCACUCGACUUCGGGAUUCGAAGGAAUAUUCCGGUGGCGUCGCUUUGGACCAUGUCGGCUUCUUUUUUCUCGGUGCUCCAUCAUUUCUAUGUUUUCACACAAGAUCGUCAAUCGUCGGUUCACGUUUUAGAUGUCACAGAUCAUGGAGACGAGCAUUUGGAUCAGAUACCCGGAAUCUCUUCAAAACAUCUAGAAGAUCUACGAACAGUUUUUCAUGACAAUGAUCCACGGGGCAUGGAAAUGCUCUUCGAAAGCAUUUCAAACGUGCCGAAAGCAAAACAUCUUGUUAUUAAUUCUGUAUACGAGCUUGAAGCCCAAGCUUUUGACACUCUGAAAGCAGUACUUCCUUUCCCUGUGUACCCAGUUGGCCCUGUCAUACCUUACUUGGAUCUUGAAGAUGCUUCCUUUAAGAAUGGCGAACCUGACUAUCUAAAAUGGUUGGAUGCCCAACCACAAGAUUCUGUGCUGUACAUCUCUCUGGGAAGUUUCUAUGCGGUAUCAAGCACCCAAAUGGAUGAAUUUGCCAUAGCACUGCGUAAUAGUGGUGUUAGAUUCUUGUGGGUGGCUCGUGAAGAAGCAUCUCGGUUGAAAGAUAGCUGUGGUGAUAAGGGUUUUGUGGUGCCUUGGUGUGAGCAAUUGAAGGUUUUGUGUCAUCCUUCUGUAGGAGGGUUUUGGUCACAUUGUGGGUGGAAUUCCACUCAAGAAGCUGUUUAUGGAGGCGUUCCAAUGCUUGCUUUCCCUCUGUUCUUGGAUCAAGUUCCUAAUUGGAGGCAGAUUGUAGAGGACUGGAAGAGUGGAUGGAGUGUGAAAAGAGCAGAGGUGGGAAGCGAAAUUUUGGUGGCAAAAGAAGAUAUAUCAGAGCUCGUACAAAAGUUUAUGGAUCUUGAAAGCUCUGAAGGGAAUGAAGUUAGGAAAAGGGCAAGAGAACUGAAAAGCAUCUGUCGUCAAUCAAUUGCACAAAGUAGAUCAUCUUCUGCUAACCUGGAUGCAUUUAUCUGUGAUUUUUUACCAGGACAUGGCCAAUGAGAAUUGUUAUUGGUGAUUAGGCCAUUUCUAGCCGUUAACAGAAGGAUAAUGUUAGGUCUAAACUUUAAAUAGACAAGUAUCAUGUUGGUCUUUUGUGAAAAAAUGAAUCCCACUGAAAAGGAAUAUGUAUUUUUUGUACUUUUCCUAAUGGAGUUUGCUUUUUUGUAAA